UAUAUUAUAUAAUUUUUAUUUAUUUAAAAAUGCAAAGAAAACGGAUUAUUAAAGUUGGAGUUGCUUUAGUGAGUGUAUCAAUAGGUGCCUAUUAUGGCAAAGAGAUUCGUGAUGGUUAUAUCGGUGCUUUACGUUUUGGAAGAACCGCUGUCGCAGUGGGAGGAAUUAUGGUGGAUUAUAACCGAUCACUGUAUUCCAAAACAAUUGAUUUGGCCUCUGCAGAAUAUGCUAAAGCAAGAAGUGAGGUUCAUUUAAGAUCAGCACAGCGUUUGCUUAAAUUGUGUGAGACAAAUGGAGGAGCAUUCAUCAAAGUAGGUCAGCAUCUUGGGGCUCUCGAUUAUUUGCUUCCCUUUGAAUAUGUUAGUACAAUGAAAGUCCUUCACAGCCAAGCACCUCAAUCUUCUUUUGAAGAUGUGUUAAAUGUCAUUAAAGAGGACCUUAAGUGUGAGCCCUCAACAGUCUUCCGAACUAUUGAAAAAACUCCAAUAGGUACAGCCUCACUUGCUCAAGUCCAUAAAGCUGAGUUAAAUGAUGGAACAGUGGUAGCUGUCAAAGUACAGCAUCCUUUAGUCAAAGCUUAUUCUACAAUUGACAUGAAAUCUAUGGAGAUAUUGGUAAACUUAGCAUCCUGGGUCUUCCCUGAUUUAAAACUUGAAUGGCUUGUUAAGGAAACUAAAAUAAAUUUGCCUUGUGAAUUGAAUUUUGUAAUGGAGGGAGAAAAUGCUGAAAAAACUGCAGGGCUGAUGAAACACUUACCUUGGCUCCAUAUACCGAAAGUCUAUUGGGAUCUUUCUACUUCUAGAGUUUUGACCAUGGAAUAUUGUGAAGGUUUUGAAAUCGGCGUGCUAGGACAAGAGAAGAAAACAGAAUUUGAACCAUUUAAAAAAGAAAUUUCACAAAAAAUCACGAAAUUAUAUUCCGAUAUGAUUUUCCUCCACGGAUAUGUCCAUUGCGAUCCUCAUCCAGGAAAUUUAAAAAUCGAACUUAAACAAGGAAAACUUCUUAUUCAUUUGCUUGAUCACGGCCUUUAUGCACAAUUACCUACAGAGUUUAGAGAAAAUUAUGCUAAGCUCUGGAUGUCGAUUAUACGUUCAAACGUUCACGAAAUUGAAGAGGUAUCAGAGAAACUUGGCGUUAAAGAAUUGCACGGUAUCUUUGCGUGCAUGGUUUCUGGCCGUUCGUGGAAUGCGAUCCUUGGUGGAAUAGAUCAGAGAAAGAAAACCUCAGAAGAGGAAAAAGAAAUCAAAGAUGAUGCGUCCAAAUAUGUGGCUGAGAUUAUAGAGGUGCUUCAUCGAGUCCCUCGUGAGAUGCUGCUGGUUUUCAAGACAAAUGAUUUACUAAGGGGACUAAAUAGUACCCUUGGCGUCAGAGAUAACAUAACCAGUUUUGUUACUAUGUCGAGAUCAUGUGCUAACGCCCAUUACCUCAAAGAGUAUUCCCAGUGCAGCACCUUUCUUUCUAAAUUGCACGUUGUCAUGUCUCACUACGUAGCUCAUUUUAAAAUAACUGCUUAUGAGCUUCUUUUAUGGUGGGCUGCUUGGUGGGCACAUGAUUCAAGCUAAUUUUACUUAUUAUUGAAUAACAAUUAAGUUAGGAACAAUUUUGUCGUGCAAUUCAUUCAACGGAGUCUGAUUAGGACAGUAUUAUCAUGUAUUUUUGAUGAAUUAUAAUUUGAGAACCUAAGUACAUUUUCUUUUAAUUCAA